UGUUAGUGAACUAGUGUGGCGGAAUGCAAACGCACGGGGGUUUGACGCCUAGUAAUCUGUGGCAACCGGGAGAAUUUACACGACGUAUGAUGGGAGAGCGGCCCUCUCCGGUCCCACCGACGAGGGAAUUGUGGCCUCCUGUACAGCAGCCUCUCAGCAUAAGCACUUUACACAUAGCCUACCUGAAAGAUGACGAUUUGUCACCGAGAAGGGCGUCCACGCUACCGCCGCAACCUUACACUCCAACAACAAUUCCCAUAGAACAUGAGUACAGACCUGGAGUAUGCACCGUUGGAACUAACACGGAACCACCACCAUCCUUAUUGUUAAAACUAAAAAAUCUACUGAAACGAGACAACCAUGAACCGAAUGUGUUUCCACCACCGGUACAGUUUACCCCGGUUAAUAGAGAUAGCUCAUCUGAAUACGAAGACUCGCCAUUAGAACGUGCGUUUAAUGGCAUCAAAAAAGCAAUAUCGGGUGCUAAAUAUCGUAUAGCACCGCGUUCCGAUACAGCGGAAAGCCCCAAAAUAGUAUAUGAUAUGUCAAAACCUGGUGAUAGAAUGGUUACAACUUUCGGAGCUAGUGAAUCUAGGAAGUGGUUCAAAUUUCCUUCGCGGGCAUCUUACACUCGACGUCUCCGAGCUGCAGCCGAUUGUUGCCAUAGGACACCACAGCGCCCGCCCAGACGUAACGUGCAGCCUAAGAGCUUGCAGAUCACACAGGUGAUCGCACUAAUAUGCGGCCUGCUAGUGAUCAUCCUGAUGGUGUUGGGGCUGGCGUCAGCUGACUGGCUGAUGGCGGCGGGCUGGCGGCAGGGCCUGUUCAUGCACUGCAUCGACCCUGACGCGCCCACGCCGCUUCCCUUCGAUAUCACGGCGCAACCGGGAUGCUACGCUGCUCGGCCCGCGCCAUACAUAAAGGCGGCAGCCGGUCUGUGCGUGGCGACGCUGGCGGCGGACGUGUGCGGCGCGCUGCUCACGGCGCUGGGGCUGCGCGCGGCGGACCACCGCACCAAGUUCCGCUACUACCGGUUCGCCGUGCUCGCCAUGUCGCUCGCACUUAUGUGCAUCUUAAUAGCGCUGGUGAUAUAUCCAGUUUGCUUUGCGGCAGAAUUGAAUUUAGGUAACAGAUCGGUUUGGGAGUUCGGGUGGGCGUACGGCGUGGGGUGGGGCGCCGCCAUUUUCCUUUUCGGCGCAGUAGUGCUACUGCUCUGCGAUAAGGAGAGUGAAGAACUCUACUACAAGGAGCGGAAAGUGGUGAGCGGCGAAGCGGGCGCCCGCCCCUAGGGCCGCGGGCGCCUGCCCGACCUCGUGCCGUGAGAGCGCUAGCGCACACGCGCACACACCCACACACGCACCCCACGCACACACACGCACACCGCGCACUCGCGCAACCACUUGGACCACACCGCGUUCGUGUAACGUGUAUUAUGUGUAAAUGUUUUCUUUAAAUGCGUUUUUCAUUUUUGUGUAUUGGAACACUGCUGAUAGACAUUUAAAUUUGGAACAACUGUAGCUUUUGGUUUAAAUGUCUUUAUUGGCGGUUGUGUUAUAGAGCGAAAUGAAGAAGCCUAAUUUAUAAGGUAUCUACAUUAUUUAUCGAUUAUUUUCCAGUAACAGAACUGUAAAUGUAAUAUACUUGUGUGAGUUGGACUUCUUCAUAUCGCUUUGUUUUAGUGCUUUCAGACUGGUAUGAAUAUGUCAUAAUUUUUUUUGUUUCUCUGUGUGAUAUAACUCUGAGGGUCAGAGUUGUAUGACACAAAAGAAUGUGUGUAUUGUAAUUUUAAACUUGAUAAAAAAACGUAUUUGUAAUUAAUUCUGUUAACUGGUUUUAAUAUUUUUUAUGGUUUUUAUAAUAAUACUAAGUGAUGUGGUCCAAUUGUUGUUAAGACGAAUGUUGUACGAUUUUAAGAAUUUUUAUUUUAAUAAAUCAUAUAAAAAUUCUUUAAAACGUGUCAAGAGUAAAAUGCAAUGCAAUGUUCUGUUUCGAGUGUGGAGUGCGGCGAUGUAAACUUAAACUAUUGUUCUGCAAAAUUGAAUCGAUGUCCAUAGAAAUGCUUUUAACAAAGGACAAUUAAUCUUUGAAGCAAUUUAUAAGAUUGUGUCGAUUCGAAUUUGUACAUACAUGGUUGCAAGUCUGCUGCGAUUACGAAUACUGUACGACUCGCAUUUGUUUUUGUUACUUUACACCUCCUUCUUUUCUUUAUUCAAGCAGUGUUUUUGAUUUAUUUUGCACAAUUGACAUUCACGUCAUAAUAAAUUCUCAUCGUUCUUGACUGAAUGUCGUCUACAUUAUAAAAAUAUGCAUAUUUUUUAUAAUUAAUCUAAGUUAUUUUUAUAAUUAUUUAAGCUUUAAUUACUUAUGUCGAUGAUUUUAUGUGAUUUAAAUGAAAUAAUUUUCACCGAAGGCGUAAAUUCUUUGGUUCGCCCGCUCUAAACUUUCUCUUUAGGCAUCAGAGUCGUUUGGAAAUAACUUCAAAAUUUCUUGCAGCGUUCGUGCGCUCGUCAAAAUUAAAAACGUAUCACAUAAGAUUGUAUCGCCUCUCGGCCAUAUUGUGUUAAUGUUUAAUUUUAAGGUUAAUUUAAGGGCGUCGUUAAUUUAAUUUGAGGGCGUUUCAGCGAUAUCCGGCGACCGCGGUGCGGAACGCUUCGCGCGUCCGCUCCAGCGCAACGCCUCGAAUGUAAUCCGUUCCAAAGAGCGUCGCUAUUAUUUAUUGUUAACUUAUUCGUUGGUCCUUAGCGGGUUGCAAAUAUUUUUAGUGUGGUAGUAUCGUUCGUCGGCACGGUGUGUAGUGCGGCAGAGUGUGUGGCGUGACGUAUGGCGUGUGACGUGUGGCGUGUGGUGUGGCGUAGCGUGUGGCGUGUGCGACGCGCGGCGGCGGGCAGGCGGCGGGCGGCAGGCGUCGCUCGCGCAAUACUACUGACUUAUUACUUACCUGCGUUUUGUAAUAUGAACUUGUACUCUUAGAGCUACUGCACAAUUAGUGUAACGAGUGUGCUUGAAUUACCGUAUCGAUGCGACCUCGAACUACGUAGUUAGAAACCUUGAUGCGUUCGUACUCGUAGAGGUCUGCGGUCGCGGUGACGAUUCUGAGAUUAAACGGGCUAUGACUACUGAGAUAUAUAACGGAAUUAAUGAUUUCGGUCGAAGUUACCUUCCCUAGGGUAUAUUCUAAUGUAUUUUUGUCGUAUUAUUUAUACUUGUUCACGUGAACCGAUCGUUUCGGUCCCGUUCGGCCUCGGUGAUACUUGUCAGGAAUCUCGUUUGUUUUAAGUAAAACUAUAAAGAUCCUUUUUGGAAUUGAAAAUUGAUUCCCGAGAUAUUUUCUUAAUAUUUAUAUAAUUGUCUAUAAAGUAAAAUGUAUCGCUAGGACAGCUGUAGGCUAAUGAUUCAUGUUAAUGGUUAAUUAUUAUAACUUCUAAGGCUAAGUAUUCUUAAGGAUUUUAAAUAGAAAUCUGCAUUUUACAAUUAUUUACCUUCAUUUCAAACAGGACUAAAUUUAUCACGGGCCGCUACUAGAUUUUACUUUUUAGCUUUUGUUUAUUUCCUAAACUAAUGGAAACUAAAUGUACAUAAUUCAAAUGAUAUACCUAUAUAAAAUUCUUCUAAUAAGAUAUAUUUAAGCUGA